GAUGAUCAGUCAGGCUGUGUGUAUGUGUGUGAGUGUGAGAGUGAGUGUGUGUGCGUGUCUGAAUGCGAGCGAGUUUGGUGUUAUUUUAUUAUUUUUAAAGGAACAUCUUUGAGUUAAAACUGUGUUAGAGUAAAAGAAGGCUUCCGGAGGAGAACAUGUUAACCUACCUGGCGCAUACGAACUCAGAUGAAGUGGUAAAGAAGUAGUUUGCUGCGUACAGCUCAUGAACACAAGACGCAUCUACGCAGUUUAACUAAAUUCGGUUUAACAUCUUGAUCGACAUCGGCUAACCUGAAGUUCAGAUUGAUUUUUUAAAAUUUUGUCGUAACUAGUAGGUUUUCAAGUAAAAAUGCCUUCUGUAGGUCGCUCAGGUUAGCUAAUGAACUUGUAAUCGUCAUUUAAAAGACAUCAAAGUAGCUUAUUAUUGGUGAUAACCAUAAGCUACUUUACAUAAAAUGCUAAAGACACUGACGAAAAAGCUGAGAAGACAUUCACUCAAUGAAAUCCAUCCUUUCCAGCUGAAGAUUUCCUAUCAUGGCAGUGGAGAGGGAGGGGAGAGUGAUGACUCAGAAGGCGAGAACCAGGAGCUCGCACAGAUUGAUAGAGAGAGACGGAGAAAUUGUGCCCUCACCCCUUUGGCCACCAGCCAGCAGCACAACCAGGGUCCCGUGUCUCCGGCCCGGUUACGACGCCUCCGCCUCCUACUAGAUGCCAAUCUGGACCGUCACUCAUCAGAGGAAGAGCUGGAGCGGAUCAGCUGCGGCGACAACAGGAAGUGGGUGUCCGGCUUCCCCCAGCGCCAUGGCGACCAUCACAGUAGCCCCUCCAGCGAUGAAGAAGUGCGGGACCUGUGUGGCUGCCGGUCGCCCCCGGCCUCGGUCAGACCUCUGGUUGAGCCCGGUGCCGCUUGCCUGGCGGCCUCUCCCAGCCCCGUCCUGUUCAGCUCCAGUCCGCCGCGUAACUUGAAACCACCCCCAAUGAGGUUUCAGCUCCAGGUGGCUCAGCCACUCGCACGGCCCAUCAUCCUGACCCACUUCGACCAAUCAGCACCUUAUAGAAAGUAUCGGCACAGCUACAGCGGAGAACCGGGGAGACCCAGUCUGGACCUGGAAAAAAUGCAACAGAAAAUGCUGCUUAAGAAGAACUGUGGAGGGAAAACGCGGACAAUGAAGAUUCGGGUGAGUUUCUUGCGACGACGUUUUCAUAAAUUAGGCAUUUCCAGCUAAAUUACUUGUUAAAAUCACUUGGAAUUUCAAUUUUAAGAAACGUAUCUUCUUUCUAAAUAAAAUUGUAGAAACAGACAUGGGAUCUAUGCGGGGUGUUUGGCAGGAGGUUCACUACACGUAGCACACUUUCCUGGAAAAGCAAAGUAGUUAUUUACACAUAGUUCUACUGUCGUUUUGAGUUGGUAGUGAUAAAAAGUGAUCGCUUGUCAAAACUGUAUAUUUACGAGGUUGCGUUGACAUUUUACCAAAGUUUAAUGCUGCUCUCAAGAGGGGCUGCAGCUCUGUGUAAACGAUUAUCUGUGGGAUUUUCAAAAUUCUCUAAAUCCCAGCUCCGCUUUUCAUAGCAGCUUGAUCAGAGACUAGUGCGGUGCUGCCUCUCCCCCACCUGUUGCUGCUCACUGCCAGAGACUGCUGAAAGGAUGCACCUGCAUUUUUCUAGCUCUCACCAAAAAAUGACAAACAUUACGAUUUGGUAUUUUUUCUGCCCACCAAAAAACUGAAAGUCAUUGCGUGGAAGCUAAAAGCAGGCCAAAAUAUCUUUUUAUUAACAGAACUAUAAUUAAGUGUUACAAUGUUUAAUUUGUGAUUCAUUUAGCAGCAGGUUAAUGUGCUUUUAUACACAACACAACCAGCUUUUCAAGUUAUUUCUUCCUCCGCUUUACACUGAUAAUGCAGCUCUUUUUCUUUUUUUUUCUCUACAAGAAAACAUACACUCUGCUCUCCUUGUUUAAUUUUUGAAAGCAAAUUAAUUGGUUUCAGGUGAAUGUAAACGCAGGCGCAGGUUGACCAGGAAUGACUCUUUGUCGAGCGGGACGCAGAGGACGGUGGUUCUCGUUACGGCUAAGGUUGCUCCGUUGCCCUGUGAACAGCCGAGCCGGUCCUGUGGCCGGCUCCUUGAUCGCCAUCCAACUCCACACUGGGACGGCAUCUGGCCUUGCCGUUCGUUCCCAUGCCCUCCUAGCUGCAGAAAAUCUGAUAGCACCAUCAGCUCCGCACCGCAGCGAUGCUUUCAAGCUUCCUUCGUCAGGUUUAUCACACCCAGCGACCUUUGUUGCCCCCAGCUUAGUUGCUUUAAGAGGGCGCUGAAAGCUUUGCGAAAGUGUCCUGAUGGAUCUGAAGAAAAUCUUCACUAAAA